AUGAGGCACACCUUCCACAAGAUUAGUCAACCCGACCUUCCUAUCCGUCUGGACUCUUUAUUGGGCGCUACGGUACCGACCGAGAGGGCAGUGGAAUGUUCUUUGAAACCCAGCACAUUCCAUCAUUCGUCGGAGGUAUCGGUCCAACGCAAAGAGCCAAAAGGGCUUGCCUUGGGAGGUUUCGAGAGUCUGUGGGGCUUAAGAGGCAAGCGAGGACACAUCGAUUGGUAG